UUGAUUUAUUAGUUUUCAUUCAACAAAUUCUCUCUACCUAUUCUCUCAUUAAAAAUGUCUAAAAUUGACAAUUCUGCUGUCCUUAGUAUUUGUAAAACAGUUCUAGUUUGUGGUUUAGUCUUAUACGUGGGCACCAUUAUUUAUUUCAAUGACUCUAAAUGUUCAUCUUCUGAUUUUUUCUCUCCCUUGAAACUCACUAUCUCUCCUUCUAAUUCUCAAACAAAUACAUUAUUAUCAAAUGAUGCAAAAACCAAUAAUGCCACAAAUAUUAGCCAUCUUCUUUUUGGACUUUUGGGGUCAGAAAAAGCAUGGCAUCAUAGAAAAUCCUAUGUUGAAUCUUGGUGGAGACCAAAUAUUACAAAAGGAUAUCUUUUACUAGAUUUUCCUCCUAAAGGUGAUCUUUUACCUUGGUCAAUAAAUUCACCACCUUACAAAAUAUCAGAUGAUGUUCCAAAACUUGUUGAAGAAACCAAACAUGUUGAUCCAACUGUUUUAAGAUUAGUUCAUGGGAUAAUGGAGGUGUUUAGAGAGGAACAUGAAGGUUUAAGAUGGUUAGUUAUGGGGGACGACGAUUCUGUAUUUUUCGUGGAUAAUAUGGUUGAUAUUCUCGCGCAGUAUGAUCAUACGAAAUAUUAUUAUUUUGGUGGACACUCGGAGUUUAUAUUGUCGAAUUAUUGGUACUCGUUUAAUCAAGGUUUUGGUGGUGCUGGAUUUAUAUUGAGUUAUCCUUUGGCUAAAGCAUUAGCAAAUAAUAUGAUGUCUUGUUUAAAGAGAUAUGCUCAUUUGAAAGCUGCUGAUAGAACUACAAUGACUUGCAUUGCUGAUAUUGGUGUCAAUCUUUCUCCUCUUCAGGGUAUUCAUCAGAUUGAUCUACGUGGUGAUCUAUCAGGAUUUCUAUCAUCUCAUCCAAAAUCUUUAUUAAUGUCUCUUCACCAUUUUGACAUGGUUGAACCAAUUUUUCCCUCUUUAGACCGUGCACACUCAGGAUUUCAUCUCUUAAAUGCUGCAAAUUAUGAUCAAUCAAGAAUGUUACAACAAACCAUAUGCCACAAAAGAUCAAAUAAUUGGACAUUUUCAGUUUCUUGGGGAUAUUCAGCACAUAUUUAUGAGAAAAUUAUGCCUAGAAGUUGGAUUCAAAAUCCAAUUGAAACAUUCAAAACAUGGAAUAAAAGUCCUAAUCCACCACAUUAUAUGUUUGAUGUUAGAAGUCCUUCUUUGGAUCCUUGUGAAGCUCCACAUGUUUUUUUCUUCAAAUCUGUUGAGAAAACUCCAAGAAAUGAAAUUCUUACUACAUAUACUAGAGGAUGGCCAAGAGGGAUUGGAGCUUGUUUGUCUUCUGGAAAUUAUUCUGCAGAAUAUGUUUCUGAAAUUCAUGUUUAUUCACCAGCAACAAAACGUAUUGAGGUCACCAGUUUGAGCCGUGGAAGCAACCACUAAUGUUUGAAUCAGGGUAGGUUGUCUACAGCAUAUCCCUUGAGAUUGAUAGGUGUGAAUGUUGUGAUGUAAUUCAUGAAGCUGGAUCAAAUAAGGCUGAAAUCAAGUAUAGAGAGUGUUUGAUGGAUGAGAUAAUAGCUUGAUUAAUCCAUAAUAUGCUGUUGUAUAAGCAUUUAUGUCAAUUUUUUUUUUCUUAUUAGUAUUUUUUUCCAAAAGAUAAUUGUUAUGUAUUAAUUCAACACAUGAAAGAGUCAUGUAAUGCUGAAGAGAUAUGUAACUUUUGCACACAUAAAUAUGUAGCUUAUCUAUUUUUUUUAAACGGAAUUUAAUAAAUUUUUAUUUUUAUUCA